CACCUCAAGCGGCACAUGAAGACUCACAAUGGCGAGAAACCUUACCGCUGUCCGCAUUGCCCGUAUGCCUCAGCUCAGCUGGUUAACCUGACACGCCAUUUGCGAACCCACACUGGUGAGAAGCCCUACCACUGCCCCACCUGCCCCUUCGCUUGCAGCAGCCUUGGCAACCUCAAGAGACACCAGCGGGUCCAUGGCCAGGAACGUCCAGUGCGCUGUAGCUCCUGCAGCUGCCACUGUGUCCAGGGGAAUUCCCUCCAGCACCACAGCGCGGGGAUCCAGGGGGAAUCGGAGGCAGAAAUGGAGGGACCACCCAUUGCAGAUCAGGAGACAGAGCCACCACCAUUGCUGCCUAGCUCCCCAUUUCUGCAGGCGGAAGACUCUAAUACGGUUCUUCCUGAGCUGCUCUUCCCGUUCACGUGCAGGGCAUGUGGAUUGGUGCUACAAGCUGACGAAGGUUUGGGUGAGCCAGUAUGUGGGCGUUGCAGCCUGGCAGUGCUGGGGGCUGAACCAGCCUCACCAAAAGGCUUCUCCUGCCAGCUAUGCCCUUUUAUUACCACCUAUCCUAACCACCUGGCCCGCCAUAUGAAGACACACAGCGGAGAAAAGCCCUUUGCCUGUGCUCUCUGUCCAUAUGCCUCAGCCCAUCUGGACAACCUCAAGCGGCACCAGCGGGUGCACACUGGUGAGAAGCCCUACAAGUGCCCCCUAUGCCCAUAUGCCUGUGGCAAUCUUGCCAACCUCAAGCGCCAUGGACGCAUCCAUUCGGGGGACAAGCCUUUCCGCUGCCGUCUCUGCCCGUAUUCAUGCAACCAGAGCAUGAACCUCAAGCGCCACAUGCUGCGGCAUACAGGUGAAAAGCCCUUUCAGUGCCGCAUCUGCCCCUACACUACUGGCCACUGGGACAAUUAUAAGCGUCACCAGAAGGUGCAUGGGCAGGGCCUGGGAGAGGAAGGAGGGCCUGGUCCGGACAGUAGCCUGACCUAAUGAUGCUGAAAGACUCCUUGGGCUUCCAACUCUCAUUAUAGUUGCCUGCUGUCAAGCCUAUGUAAAAGAUUGACUGGGAUGUGCAGGAGAAGGAGCUGUAUGUACUUGCAGGAGCAGCAGUACCACCUUUUUAAGAAAGCAUUAUUUUCUUUGCUGAAAAGCACCUUAGGGCCUUGCCCUAUCCAGUGCUUCUGUCCAUAGGAAGAAAAAGGCAUCUGCUCUGCAGACCACUCUCUGAAACUGUUACUCUGUGGGACAGCUGAAACCUGCGGAGAGGAGCUCCUUUGUCCUCUUUUGUCUUUUUUUGUGCCUCCCCUCUCUAGUCCUUUAAUUGUGGUUGCUGCUUGAAUCUGUGUAAUUUAUAUGGUGUAUUAAUGCAUUAAACUGUUUUCUUAUCUGGCUUUAUUUUGGCUGGCAAGAGCAGCUGGAGACUGGCAAACCUGAUCACAGUGCAGAUGUGCUGCUGCUGAAGUGGCCUAUGUGAGCGUAUUUAUGGCAGGCAUAUGCUGUCUUUUCACCAUCUUAUUUCC